AUGUCAUCUGGGUGAUCCUCAGCGUGGAAGUUGGAGGACUUCUAGGUGUAACGCAGCAGCUGUCAUCCUUUGAAACGGAGUUCAACACGCAACCGCAUCGCAAGGUAGAAGGAAACUUUAACCCAUUCGCCUCUCCACAGAAGAACAGGCAACCAGAUGAAAACAACCUAAAAGACCCUGGGGGUUCCGAGCUAGGCACAAUCAGCAAAAACACAUGGGGGCCUGCUCCUGACCAAAUCGAACAAGAUCAGAAUGGACUGUCACAAAACUCUGUAAAUCUCUCCCCCAGCAGUCACUCGAACAACUUGUCGGUAGUGACGUACAGUAAGGGUUUCCACGGUCCUUAUCCCUUCGGACAGUCUUAAAACACAAAAACACAAAACGGGUAUCGACAAGAGGAGAAUUUAACAAAGAACUGACUUUGGGGGGAAGGGAGGGGGAUUCAUGUGGCAGACAGACACAGCGUGGACCCCCCCCUUCUCUGCCUCCGUGUUCUGGAUAAAGAAGAAAAAACAAAAGCCCAGUAACUUAAGACUAGCUGUUUCCAGAGGAAAAUACAAAAUCUAAGUAUGCAUGUGUGAAUGCUGGAUUUCAGGAGUGUUGUUAAAUGCUAUGAGAAAGAAAAUAUACCGACACCAUGGGGGUUUUUUUUUAGAAAUCAUUCUCACAGAUAAUUAGGUAGCUUAAAAAGAAGUUUAAAAAAUGAAAAUGAAAAAGCCAUCUUAAAAAUAUUUUGCCUACAGAGCGGUUGUAGUUUGAGCAAAUGUUUAAUUUCUGUUUGUUGUUCAUAUUUUUUUUUAAAUAAGGGACAGCGUGCAUUUUUACGGAACUGUCAUGUUUUGCUUGCUGCCGAAUGGGAGUUUGCUUAGCAUCUUCUG